AUGGUCGGUCAACUCAAUCUCGAUGAGGUUGUCCAGGACAUUGAGGAAGCGAGGGAACUUGGCCUGCACGGCUUCGCGCUCAACUUUGAUCGGUUCGCAGGUUAUUCCGAACAGACCGUGAAAUACAUGUUCGACCACACGGAUUACAUCGGCAAUUUCAGCCUCUUCUUCUCCAUGGAUCACCAUCCUGGAUUCUUGAAGAAACCUACGGAUUACGCUCAGUACUUCAACGAUCACAAGAACCGUCCUUCCUACCUGACAAUGAAGGACCCUUCCGAUGGCAAGAACAAGCCUGUCCUAUCGACGUUUGGUGGCGAGACCAUUUCCAACGACGAUUGGAAGGAGUUCAAACGACAGGUGGGCAACGUCCUCAUCGUCCCUGGCUUCUCUGAGAUCUACAACCCUACCACGAACUUCUUCUCUGAUCGUAGCGAACUCGGCGGCGUGUUCAACUGGAACUCGUGGCCUUCAACAAAUGAAGGCAGAGUCGCUGUAUCUGACGCGACAGAUCGUAUAUUCAAUACCGCCGCCAACAAUGCCAAGAAGCUGUUCAUGAUGGGUAUCUCACCCGUACAGUUCAAGCACCUCGAUGGGGAUAACAACUGGUACCGUCGCGGCGAGGACAACCUCGAGAACAGGUUCGGUCAGAUCCUCAGUGUCCAGCCCGACAUGGUGCAGCUCCAGAGCUGGAACGACGCAGGCGAGGGCCAUUACAUGGGACACCUUCACCCGACUCCGCUACAAGGCCCUACACCAGCCAUUGUAGAAGGGUACGACCAUACCGGUUACUGGCAGAUUUUGAAACCGUUCAUCGCUGCGUGGAAGAACGGCGAUCGCACAACAGCUAACAUGUAUCCCACAAAUGGCAAACCUGUCCAAGGCACUUUCUGGCAUCAUACUCUCACCGUCGCGGGCAAAUGCGAUGCCGACGGCCUAAAGAAGUCUGGAGAUAUCACAAAGGCAGCUGAAGACGCCGUGUCUGGCGUCUUACUCGUCGCCAGAGGCAAGACCAAUCUCAUCGCUGUUGUCAACGUUGGCGGAAAGAAGCUGGACCAAACGCAGCCACUCAAGCCAGGGUUCAACAAGUUCAAGUUCACAGGCCUAGAGAAGUUGGUCCCGGGUAAGGUGCAGUUGGAGGUUUGGGAUGGAAGCACCAUGGUGGGAGGCGGAUAUGGAAGUAUUGAGGUGACGAGCUCGAAACCGACUUGCAACUACCAGUUCCAGGUCGUUGCGGUGCCUUCAUAG